GGAUGCCAUUCUUCAAGUAGCCGUCCAAGCAACAAGUCGAAAAUGCCGCCGCAUUCUGCGUCUCCGUCUUCGCCUAUAGCUGCCGCCGGCGUGCGCCGCGAUCUGCUGCUGUAUGUGAACGGAGAGCGCGUUGAGAUCCCCGAGAGGGACGUACGCCCGGAACAAACGCUGCUGCAGUUCCUGCGUCAGGAUCUGGGACUUACCGGUACCAAACUCGGCUGCGGCGAGGGUGGCUGUGGCGCCUGUACCGUCAUGGUGUCAAAGUUCGACGUGGCCACGGGGCGCGUGCGUCAUGUGUCGGUGAACUCGUGUCUAGCCCCGCUUUGUGCCAUGGACACCUGUGCCGUCACUACCGUCGAAGGUGUGGGUGCCAUCACAGGAACUGGCGAAGCCACGGGGCUACACGAGGUACAGAAGGCUCUGGCCGAGUCACACGCCUCGCAGUGUGGCUACUGCACGCCCGGUUUCGUCAUGGCGCUCUACUCGAUGGUUAAACAGCGCGAGACGGGCGUGGAGCUCACGAUGGAGGACAUCGAACAUGGUAUGGACGGCAAUUUGUGUCGCUGCACAGGAUAUCGCCCCAUAUUGGACGCAGCGAAGAGCUUUGGCGACGAUGCGGGUGAAGCCCAUUGCAAAGGCACGUGUCCAGGCUGUCCCAAUGCAAUGAACGGCAACGCAGAAAUCGAUAUUGAAGAUCUGCAUCAAGACAAACCACAGGAGGCCACAAGCUGCUCAUCUCGCAAGAUCCGAGAGCUCGCUGAGCAUCGAAAACUUCGUGAAAAGGGCACGGCUGAUACAGUACCAAGUGAGUCGAAGAAGACAAAGGCUCUGGCGGUAUCUUCGUUCCCCAAUGAAUUGAUGGAGAAGGCGAUGGCGCCUCAAAUGCUGCAGAUCGACGGCAAAUACGUCCAGUGGUUCGCUCCCGUGACUAUGACGCACCUUCUUCAGCUCAAAAAGCAAUACCCCGAUGCAAAAAUCUCAGUGGGCAACACGGAAAUGGGGAUCGAGACCAAGUUUAAAGGCUUCAAGUACGCACAUCUGAUCAACGUGAGUCGCGUUCCAGAGCUUGUGGCCACUAAAGAUGUGACGACCACAGACACGAUCAACCAGACCGUUUUCGCUGGAGCUGAGCCUUUCGAAGGCGUGAGGUUUGGUGCGGCCGUGACACUCACAGACGUGAAACAGCAAUUAUCAGAGCUUAUCAAGACGUUGCCAUCCUAUCAAACGCGUGCAUUUGAGUCGAUCGUCAAGAUGCUCAAGUGGUUUGCAAGCACACACAUUCGAAACGUGGCGUGUAUCGCUGGUAACCUCGUCACAGCCAGUCCGAUCUCGGACAUGAACCCGUUGCUCGCAGCCAUGAAUGCUUACAUUGAGUUGCAAUCUACGCGAGGCACUCAAUACACCCGAGUUCGUGACUUCUUCCUAUCUUACCGCAAGGUAGGAAUGGAACCGGACGAGAUAAUCACUGCAGUAUACGUUCCCUACACGAAGAAGUGGGAAUAUAUGCUCCCGUUCAAGCAGGCACGGCGUCGAGAGGAUGAUAUCAGUAUCGUAACUGCUGGGAUUCGUGUGAGACUGGAGUGCUCGAAUACUGGCGCUUGGAAUAUUCAGGAUGCUUCAGCAGUGUACGGCGGCAUGGCACCGAUCACGAAGCCUGCAGCUGAGACGGAGCGUUUUCUCAUUGGCAAAACGUUUGACGCGGCGACGUUUGAUGAAGCGUGCAAUGUGCUACACUCGAGCGAUUUCAAACUUCCUGAAGGUGUUCCGGGUGGAAUGGCCAAGUACAGAGAGAGUUUAUGUUCGUCGUUCCUGUACAAGUUCUACGUGACGUCAUCAGAACGUCUUCAGAUCGAUGUACAGGCGAUAAAGGCUACCGCUUCACUGCUGCCUGAAGCUCCGGUUGUUGAUGACAAGGUGCAGUCAGCAGGCAAGUCGUUUUUGCAUCAAGUACGCCCUGUUUCGCAUGGAAUCCAGAGGUUUGGAAUGGAGACUGGUGGCCUUCAGGACUCCAAGCACCAACCAGUGGGUGAUGCCAAGACGAAGAGAGGACCGGUGGGAGACCCACUCCUGCAUAAGUCAGCGUACUUGCAGGUGAGCGGUGAAGCGCUGUACACUGACGACAUCCCCAACACGCCUGGAACGCUUCAUGGUGCUUUGGUUUUGUCUACUUGUGCCCACGGACUCAUCAAGAGCAUCGAUGCAAGUGAAGCGUUGGCCAUGGAAGGUGUCCACCGCUUCUUUGAUGCUUCGGUAUUCGAGACCGAGCGACUUGGUUCUAACAAAAUUGGUCCAGUACUCAAGGACGAAGAGUGCUUUGCUUCGAAGGAGGUACUUUGCGUCGGGCAGCCAAUUGGUAUAAUUGUCGCGGAUACACACGAACUCGCCAUGGCAGCUUCGGACAAGGUGAAGGUCGUUUACGAGGAACUACCUUCAGUGACAACAAUUGAAGAAGCUAUUCGAGAGAAGUCGUUCAUUCUUCCAGCACACAUAAUUGACAGCGGUAAUGUGGAGAAAGGAUUAGCAGAAUCGGACAUUGUGCUUGAAGGCGAGGUGCACAUGGGUGGCCAGGAGCAGUUCUACUUCGAGACCAACGUGUCGCUUUGCAUGCCUCAAGAAGGUGGAAUGAAGGUCAUAUCCUCCACACAAGCAGCAACAAAGGCACAAGUGUUGGUGGCGAGAGUGCUGGGCAUCAAUUCCAACCGAAUCACCAGCACGACCAAACGUAUUGGCGGCGGCUUUGGUGGAAAGGAAACCCGCACCGUGUUUGUUACGUGUGCCGCUGCAGUUGCAAGUCACGUUAUGAAGAAACCAGUUAAGUGUCUACUGGAACGCCACGUCGACAUGCUAACCACUGGUGGUCGACACCCAUUCUACGCGAAAUACAAAGUCGGUAUCAAGCGUGAUGGAACCAUUUUGGCGCUGGAUGUGGACAUUUACAACAACGCAGGAUACUCAAUGGAUCUAUCGUUGGCAGUGAUGGAUCGCGCACUUUUCCACUGUGAGAAUGCCUACAAGAUCCCGAACCUUCGCUGUCACGGCACCGUUUGCCGCACCAACCUUGCAACAAACACUGCUUUCCGUGGGUUUGGCGGACCACAAGGUCUCUUCAUCGCUGAGACGUACAUCGAUCACAUUGCACGGACGCUGAACCUCGCUCCGGAGGAAGUCCGCUCCCGCAAUAUGUAUGUCGAGGGCCAAACAACCCACUUUGGUCAACCUUUGGAAGAUUUCAACUUGCGGACAUUGUGGCAACACACGAUAGAUCGCAGCGGGUUCGAAUUCAAGAAAGCGGAGGCUGAGGCAUUCAACAAGAACAAUCGCUGGAAGAAGCGCGGCGUCGCGAUAUUGCCCACGAAGUUCGGUAUCAGCUUUACUUCCAAGUUCAUGAACCAGGGCGGCUCGUUGGUUCAUGUGUAUGCAGACGGCAGUGUACUGGUCUCACACGGUGGUGUUGAAAUGGGUCAAGGUCUGCAUACUAAGGUGAUCCAAGUGGCUGCACGCGCUUUUGGCAUUCCGCACAACCAGGUUCAUAUCGAGGAGACGUCAACGAACAAGGUUCCGAAUUCACAGCCGUCAGCAGCUUCCAUGAGCACGGAUCUGUAUGGAAUGGCUACACUGGACGCGUGUGAGCAGAUCUUGGCACGUCUGGCACCAAUUCGUGAACGCUUAGGCCCAGACGCCUCAUUUUGCGACGUCACAAAUACUGCGUACUUUGAACGUGUCAACAUGUCGGCACAAGGAUUCUACGUUGUUCCGAACGAACGUUGCGGCUACGACUUCUCUAAGUCCGUCGCCGAGAAUAUUGAGGUGGGUACAGCGUUCAACUACUUCACGACGGGCGUAGCUUGCACUGUUGUGGAGCUGGAUGUGCUUACCGGAGACUUCCACAUGUUGAGCGUUGACAUCCUGAUGGAUCUCGGUGCAAGUAUCAACCCCGCUAUUGACAUUGGCCAGAUCGAAGGCGCGUUCAUGCAGGGUUUCGGCUUGUUCGCGUUGGAAGAGCUGGUGUGGGGAGACAAUGGACAUCCAUGGGUGAAGCGAGGCAAUUUAUUCACUCGAGGCCCCGGCGCCUACAAGAUUCCGAGUGCUAACGACGUACCGCUGGACUUUAAUGUGUGGCUCGAGUCCAACCAGAAGAACAAGUUUGCAGUGCACUCGAGUAAAGCAGUAGGAGAGCCACCGCUGUUCUUGGGCUCCAGUGCCUUCUUCGCUGUCAAAGAGGCGAUUUAUUCAGCUAGGGCGGACGCUGGUCACCACGGAUAUUUCGAGCUGCGCAGCCCCGUGACACCGGAACGAGCUCGAAUGGCUUGCGCCGAUGAUAUGUUGCAGAAAGUGUUCACGGCACGUGGAGGCGACAUGGUGAGCUACCAGCCCAGUGGAAGCUUCUAAUGGCACAAGAUGCAUUUGAGCUAGUUUACCAUGUAAUAUUGAUACCCUGCAGUUAUGCACAAUGUGUGUCCUGUCCUUAUAGAUGUUGAAGAAGUUCUUCGUGCAUUCUGACACGAAUCAAUUUUGUGCAAAUGUCUACUGUAGAGUGAAUGCACC